AACCACACUCAAAGUCCAUCCUAAAGGCUACUGUAUCUGGUUGUGGCAAGUCCUGUCAUAAACGUUGUAAUUCUUCUUCAAAGGAACGCUUCUUAAUUAUUUUAAAAGGUGUUUUCUGACCUGAUUUGUCAGCUUCCCCAAUCUGUGCUUCGAUUUGUUUUGCCAUGGGUUGCAUUUUAGUCCUUAAAAAAAACCAACAAACCAAAACAACAAAAAAAAGCAAACCUAAAUGCCUUGUGUGCAUAUCAAAACACUGAUUGAGUGAUUAAAUAUAUGAAUUUUUGGGGGUGCUUGCUAGGAGUUACAUCCCUAAAAAUAUGUCAGCUAGUCCAUGGUGAGAACUAAUAGUUGCUUGCAUGCCAGUAUCACUUUCUGUAGCACUUCCUUUGUUAAGCUGUGUGUCAUAUCUUGCUUUUGCCUGCAUCCCUCACAGUAAGAAUGUUUUUUUUAAAUGCUUCUUGAUUUGACAAAACGAUGAAAUUAAUUAGUGUUUUUCCAGUGUACGGUGUUCAAAAAUGAACUAAGCAAAGCAGUUAGUCACCUUGCAAAUGUAUGAGAAGAAACAUAUUGCUGGAAAGAUAUUUAAGCAUCCAAAUAAGUGUGUAUCUUUCAAGUACUUUGCCCUUUUAGAAGUGCUAAAUAUAACUGAAACGUCUCUGUAAACGAGCUAAAAUUGUUAGUUAUUCAAGCUUUCCUACUGGCAAGAUGAUAGGAAAAGAGCUAAGGAGCAUUUUCAGUACCAGCAACUCAUUUCACAUUUUACUUGUACAGAUGCAGAUAAACUGGACUCAAGUGUUGUCCAAAGUAUUCUCUAGGCAAUUAAUACUGUGGGUUAUUUUCCUGCCAUUAAUUCUUGAAUGACUGUGAGAAAUUCAAGAGGGCAGGACAAAAGAAUGCAGCAGUAAUUAAAAGGCUCACAGGGAGACCCAUGUAAUUAGAGGCCUGUGCUGUGAAUAAUGGAGUGGUUAAGGCAGACCAGAGGAGGGUGGCUGGUGCUGCAGGUCAGGGUAGGUUUGAGGGGUGUAGCUUUAUGCAGCUGAUGUUUUUGUUCAGGGUAGGUUUGAGGGGUGUAGCUUUAUGCAGCUGAUGUUUUUGUUCAGGGUAGGUUUGAGGGGUGUAGCUUUAUGCAGCUGAUGUUUUUGUUCAGGGUAGGUUUGAGGGGUGUAGCUCUAUGCAGCUGAUGUUUUUGUUCAGGGUAGGUUUGAGGGGUGUAGCUCUAUGCAGCUGAUGUUUUUGUUCAGGGUAGGUUUGAGGGGUGUAGCUCUAUGCAGCUGAUGUUUUUGUUCAGGGUAGGUUUGAGGGGUGUAGCUCUAUGCAGCUGAUGUUUUUGUUCAGGUGUCUGGGGGUGGCUGAUGCAGCUGAUGUUUUUAGGAUUCCCGUGUGGCACAGCCUCGGCAGUGAGCAGUGUGGGUAGGAUGGGCUUUGUGUGGAGUGAGGCCGGACACUGCCCCCACGGUUCCCUGCUGAGCCCAGUCCAGGCGGUUCAGCUCUGGACCUCCCAUGACCGGGCGUCUGGAACAGAACCUCAGACUGGUAGGGGACAGACGAGCCGUGAUGGGGCUGUUGGGGACUGAAAGGGGCUCAUUCGCAGCGAGGUCUGAGGGGUCUGACACCUGCAAACACCCGCGUGCUCUGUGUGACCGAAUUCAGCAGGGAGCCAAGGACACAGCCUGGUUUGUCUCCUGCCAAGGACAUGGCCGUGUUUGUCACCUGUCAAGGAUGUGGCACUGCCACCUCAGGGAGAGCGGAGAACACAAGUCGCCCACAACAUGUGGUCAGAAGGGCUCUUGGGUGGGCAGUGGAGUUACUGCAAGUCUGGUGUCAGCAGUGCAGAAUUGCCUCUAAUCAACAACUUCCCUGAAGGUCCAGGAGCUGCUGAGUGUCUUCUGAGACAGGGGAAACCCAAAGGUUAAAGAAUGACUUCUUGAUCACUCACAGAAAUUAGGGUGAUGAGCUGUAAUCAGCAGGCAAGUUUGAAAUAAAGUGUGGUAGCUGGGAGCUGCAGCUGGGUAAAUCCAACCCAGAGGAACAGGACACGUGUCUGACCAUGUGUGGUCUGGGGUGGAUUAUCUAUGUUGGGGAAAUGUUUCAAUAAAAAGCUCUGCAGCUUUCUUCAAAGAUUAUUGGAUGCAGAUAGGAGUUAACUCAAGGACAUCCAUGGCCUGUGCUUUUCAGAAAAGCUACUGUUGAUCUUUUCAUGCAAUCUGAAUUCAAGGGUCACACAUCAAAAGGUAGGAAUUCUAUGCCUCAAAGAUAAUUGCAGCUAGUGGACAUAUUUCUGGCAAAACACAAUUUGUUUCCAAUGCUGAACAGCAUUUUUAUGGAAACUGUAUGCUAGGGAUGUAGUACUCAAGCUAACAUCUGAUAAUUUAAAUUUUUUUUCCCCAAAUAAAGUGGUUUUGGAAGUCUUUGAGAAUCUAAAUAGUAAUUUGACGUUGUAAUGGAAUAAGGGAUAAAUAAGGAUAAAUAUUUUGUUACCUUAUUCCUUUGAGAUACUGGAUUACUUCAGAGAAUCUAAUUAUUGGAAAAUGGUGUACUUUAUUCAAAAGCCUGAACAAAAUAAUUGGAUUUUGUGUGGCUGAAUAUGGACAUAUUACUGUAGUUUCUGACUUGACACUUUUUCAUCCAGACAAGUGAAAGUCUAUGUGAAAAAUACAGUGUGAGGGGAAAAAUGCAUCUGGAAGCAUAAGUUGUAGUAAUAUAACUGGAACUGUUAUGUUAAAAGGUUUGAAUACUCCAGUCUUGUUUGUCUUACUCAAAAUACGCCUUGUUAUCAUCGAGAAAGAGAGUACUUCUGGUUUGGAAAACAUAACGGUGAAAUAAGAGCUUUGUAAUAAAUAAUCUCAACAGAGAAGUAAUAUAGGCGAUAGAUUCUUAGCUUGUCACUUCUUUGUGCUUUGGAGUGUUUAAUCCUUCAGCCUUAACAUUCUUAAAAUAGGUUAGAUAAUUUUCUUGACUCGUAGAAAACAUAAUCUAGGGCUGUGAGCAGCCCUGUGUGUAGGGCUUGUGUGGCAGCAAGGAAAGCCACAGGUCUGUCUGGGGCCGAGGACAAGGAGCAGAACUGUCCAAAGGGGAAUGGAUUGAGUCCUUGUACAUUAUAUCCUGUUCUUUCUAGUUUAGUGAGUGUCCAGUUUUAUAAAUCUGCCAAGCUGUACUUUUGUUUUCUCUCGUCCUGUUUCGUACUUGUUCUGAGAUGGGCAAUGGAAUGGAAAACUCAGAAGGGAGAGAUGUGGAAAAUAAGGACUAAAAAUAUAAUGCAUAUGAUCCCUGGUAUAAAUCUGCAGAGCCUGUCAGGAUGAGUUUAUAUGGUGUUAAAGAUGACUAAAUAAUCAUACAAACAGUCUUGUUUGUCUAAGCUGUUACAGAAAAUUCUUGCAGAUGCUUUUUUAUUUAAGUACCUGAAUAAGAAGGAAGAAAAUGUUCAGGAACCAUACGUUGAAUUAAUAGUGGUGAAGGUUUAAAUAAAUGCUCUCUGAAUUCAUAUUUUCAUUAUUAGAUGUUGCUGUUCUGUACUUUUUAUUCUAAUUUUCAGCAGUUAUUAGUUUCCCGUAUGUAAUUUUUCUAUAGUGUUGGAGUUUUUGUUGUGGGAAGACUUUAAUUCUAAUUCUCUUGCACUGAGUGCUUUUUCUGGAGUUGUGGUGAAGAAACCUUUGGCUUAAAUUUGCCUCUUCAUGAUUUGUCCUGGAUAUUUCUAAGUCUGCUUCUGUUUUAGUCCCUUUUGACAGUUUCUUAUUUGUUCAUUCUGUUUAGAUAUUAUUAGAUCCAAAGUCUUACCUGCACUACUACAUUUAUGAACAAAACGUGACUCUGCUUGGAUUCUGUUCCCAUGACUCUUGGAUCUUUGAAAAUCUUCAGUUGCUUUUUAAAUCUUGUCCAUAGAUGAGGAAUUGUUGUGCAGAUGCUAAUUGCUGGGAUUUUUUCCCCCAGUAUUGUUUAUGCCUGCUGGGAGGAUGCAUUCAUGGGUUGUGAAUGGAAGCACCACGUGCCUCAGCAUUCUGUGAAGUACAUGAAGCAUCACCAGAAGAGUUCCUUUCUCAUCUGUGGAAGGAUAUCGGAAUGUAUAAUCUGUUUUCCACUGUGGGACAGGUUUUAUUUCUCUUCCUGUGAUUUCUGCCGUUGAACAUUUUGCAGCAUGGGGCAGGCCUGCCCAAGGCAUGGCAUGAAAAUAAUGAGGCCUCGUUUACCAGGGGCUCAGGUCAUACUGUGCAUCACCUGCUUUCAGUCACUGCAAACAUGCCUAAUUGCAGCCUGGCACUGGCAGAUCAAAAUCUUCUCAUCCAGGCUUUGUAGGCACCAGGAUGGAAAGCCCUCAGGAGAAACUGAGGUGGGCUGGGAAGAGCUGGUCUUGGAAUCCAGAAAAAUAGGCUGCACUCAGUGAUAGCUUUCAAAAACACCAGUGUGUUCAUCUUCUGCAAGGUACCCAGUGUAUAGUGAGUGAUCUUAGAGUUGUGAGGACUGGGGUUUUGAUUGCCUUUUUGACACCCUUCAUGUCUGCAAUGACAGCUUAUUGACACUGCUGAGAAGGGAAACUUAGCGACUUCCAGGGCAAAAGCACACACUAAAUCUUCCUGAACUUCUUCAGCACCUUGUGGUGGACUUUGACACACUUAAUUGGGACACAAAGCACUUCAGAGGUGAUUAUGCUCAGAACUACAAUUUUUUAUGGACAACACUUCAUUGUUUGUACCUCUGAGAAUGGAAACUGUAAUGACUACAUAGUUUGUGUUUGGUCCCAGUUCUUUAGAAUUUGAACUUCUAAAGCUGGUUUUUAAUAAAUGGAGGCCCUUUCCAGUUCUAAGGAGGAUAAUAUUGCUCUGAGUUUCUUAGUUUGAUUUUUAUUUAACAUCCGUGUUGAAAAUGCAGCAGGAAUCGGUACAUAAAUAAAGGCAACUAACGUUCUUUUAUGAAAGUCUUAUGUUUGGGAGCUUGGUGGAAGUCAUAAGGUGUGAAUGUGUUCCCUCCUAAAGGUUAAGUCCUUGCUGCUUUAAGAAAUCCCUUUGGCAACUGAAGACUCUGCUCAUGAGAUCCUUUCCUGAAAUGGAACUGCAUUACUAAGAAGUACAUUACUCAUGGCUGAGAGAACCCACUGAAGACCAGAAUUAUGUGAAUAUUAAAGAAUUUUGAGGGUGGAAAGUGUUGACAGAGUUUCUGCUUCGAGCUGAAGGAAGAUCCCGUGGCAGCCCCCAAAUUAAUCAGUGAGAAUUCUUUCUGAGGGCUUCCUUCCAUGGAGCCCCAAGUCAAGUGUGGCUUCUGGACUGGGUCUCUGUAAGGUUUUCAUGGGUGCAUGUCCUGUCCUGAGGGGUGGUUUUGUGAGAUUUGGGAGCCAGUCCAUCCAUGGCAUGUUUUUUCUGCCUGAUGUGGGAGUAAAGAAGAAAACACAUCCUAAUUCUGUUGUGGAGAAGAAACCCCAUUUAGGGAACCAGGGCAUUUUCUCUUGCUGCUGGGGGACUGUUCUAUCAGAGGCAAAAAGUGCCUGAGAGAGGUUUUUCCAGCAUGCUGUUCAUGCAGCUUAUUACAGCCAUGUCUUCCUUGGCUUAUAUUGAAGGGAAGAAAGGGCUUGCGAGGUUGAUGGUUAUUCUUCCCCUGGGGCAUGGGGAGGGUGCUUGUGUGAACCAUCACAAGACCCUAAAACCAGGAGAAAAUUCACUGGUUUGGGUAAUUGAAAUUGUAUGAGCAGAAAUCUUCCUUCAUGUGUAAAGAGCUGGCUCUUCAGCCUGGAGUGCCGAUGUUCUCCUGCCUUUCUAAUCACAAGUCUCUUGUUUUUCCUACUGACUUCCCUCUUUAUUGCAGCAGUCAUUUGCUGAACAAUCCUCCUCUUUUCUUCAGCUAGCAUCAUGUGUUAAUUUCCACCCUACGACGUCUUGAUUGUUAUUUAUUGUAGGACUUAUUUUUAAGCUAUUCCUUCAGUUAUUUUGACUCCUUGAAACAGCCUGCAGACAUUCUCAAAAGAAUAAUUUAAAGAAAGUUGUCUCAUAGUGCCUAGUUAUCCUCCCGCCAAAAAAAUCUUUAGAAAAUGUUACGGACUUGUGUACUAAUUUGCUGUGUUGCUUUUUGUGCUUGGAGGGCUCACCUUGAUGACCUAUUGAUGUGAAAAUGCACAAUGAUUUCUGAUCGGUAAAUGUACCGGUUAAUACAGUUAUAUACUAACGAUGUUCAAGUUAUUACAAAGGAGAGUAAUUUUCCCCUAGCUUAAACUUGCUGGAAGAGGGGUGCUCGUAGUUCAAAAAUGGAGGCUGUGCUGUCUCGUUCUCAAAAGGCUCUUGCUGUACCUGCCUUUGAACUCUGUCAGGUGAAUUCGUUUUCGGUGUUAAUGCCGGCAGACGUAACGGGAGCAAUGGGAGCGUGCCCGGCCUCGCGUGCUUUGCUGUCGGGGCCGCUCCCGGCCCCGCGGGAUGCGCCGUGCGGGAAGCGGCGGUGCCCUCGUCCCGGCGGGACCGGGCGAGCGGCGGCGGCGGCGCUGGCCCUGCUCGCAGCGCGGCCAAUGGCUGCGGGCCCGCGGAGCCGCGGGGUCACACGUCAGCCGCAGCACGCAUGGCUGAGUCAGGCUCCGCCGGCAGCCCGCUCCGGAGCCGGCGGCUGUGCGAGCGGCGCUCCCGCUUCCUGCGCUUCGUGGCAGAGCUGCGGGCGCUUAUCCUGCAGCGGCUGCGAUGGAGGGAAAAGUAAGGCUCGCUGACGGUGCCGUGGACUACUGAAGACGUGAUGGAAAUAUCAAAUAUGCUGAACUUAAUAAGUAAUGCCAAAGGAUGCUGAUCUGGCUUUCAAAGCUGCCGUUUUGGAAGGAACAGAAUUCCUUUGUGCUCUGAUUCCGAAAUUGUUCCCAUGCUUCUGUGUUUCCUCCCUGAUAGACACGAGAGGAAGCACCUCAUCCCGUGUUGCUAAAGGAAUAGACUACACCAAAAUGAGCCUCCAUGGUGCGAGUGGUGGACACGAGAGAUCGAGGGACAGGCGCAGAUCCAGUGACAGAUCUCGUGACUCAUCCCACGAAAGAGCAGAAUCUCAGCUCACUCCAUGCAUCAGGAAUGUCACUUCACCAACAAGACAGUAUCAUUCUGAUCGCGAGAAGGAUCACAGUUCAUCUCGGCCCAGCAGCCCCCGGCCCCAGAAGACGUCCCCCAAUGGUUCUGUUGUCAGCAUGGGCACCAGCAGCAGGAACAGCAGCCAGUCCAGCUCAGAUGGCAGCUGCAAGGCUGGUGGGGAAAUGGUGUUUGUGUAUGAAAACGGCAAAGAGGGAGCUCGGAACGUCAGAACUUCUGAGCGAGUAACGCUCAUCGUGGACAACACCAGAUUUGUUGUAGAUCCUUCCAUCUUCACUGCACAACCUAACACAAUGUUGGGCAGGAUGUUUGGAUCAGGCAGAGAACACAACUUUACACGGCCCAAUGAAAAAGGAGAGUAUGAAGUUGCUGAAGGAAUUGGUUCUACUGUGUUUCGUGCUAUUCUGGAUUACUACAAGACUGGGGUGAUACGCUGUCCUGAUGGGAUAUCUAUUCCUGAGCUGAGGGAAGCAUGUGACUAUCUCUGUAUCUCCUUUGAGUAUAGUACUAUAAAAUGCAGAGAUCUGAGUGCUCUCAUGCAUGAAUUGUCAAAUGAUGGUGCUCGCAAGCAAUUUGAGUUUUACCUGGAAGAAAUGAUUCUGCCAUUAAUGGUAGCCAGUGCCCAAAGUGGGGAGAGGGAGUGCCACAUUGUUGUGCUGACAGACGAUGAUGUUGUUGACUGGGAUGAAGAGUAUCCCCCCCAAAUGGGAGAGGAGUAUUCACAAAUUAUUUACAGCACAAAGUUGUAUAGAUUCUUCAAAUACAUUGAAAACAGAGACGUGGCCAAAUCAGUUCUGAAGGAAAGGGGGCUCAAGAAGAUCCGACUGGGCAUUGAAGGUUACCCCACGUACAAGGAGAAGGUGAAGAAGCGGCCGGGCGGGAGGCCGGAGGUGAUCUACAACUACGUGCAGAGGCCGUUCAUCCGCAUGUCGUGGGAGAAGGAGGAGGGGAAGAGCCGGCACGUUGACUUCCAGUGUGUGAAGAGCAAAUCCAUCACCAACCUGGCGGCGGCGGCAGCAGACAUCCCGCAGGACCAGCUGGUGGUGAUGCACCCCACGCCGCAGGUGGACGAGCUGGACAUCCUGCCCAUGCACCCCGCCCCCAGCAGCAGUGAGCUGGAGGCCGAGGGCCAGAACCCGCCGCUCUGACCGCGCUGCCCCACCGCAAGCAUGCUCUGCAGUGACUGUACCCAGCUCAUACCACACUGCAACGCCAGUUUUCCAUUGUGUUCCGGUGUUUAGGAUACUGCAGCGGGGACCUGGCACGGCCCCAGGGGAUGCCUGGUCGCUCUGGGAGGAGUGCAGCCCCGCGCUGGGCUCGGUGACGUUCGUGUCUGUGUUUACCAGUAGGUUUGUGACGUUGGUGACUCGUGAGCUGGCCUGGCCCCGCUCCGCGGCCCCGCGGCGCUGUCGUGGCACGGCGUCAGGAAGCAGAGUGGGAAUUGAUAGUAGCACUUUACAAAUGGUUGAGAAAUGGAAUUUGAAGCCAUUUUUUAUAAAUGUAUUGCACAAUACUAACAAAGUGCUUCUAUCAAAGGUAUUAACUGUACAUAGUUUUGCUCUGAAUAGAUUGACUCUUUUAAAGUUAUUGUAUAUGGUUGAGCACAAAACUACUUACUCUUGGGUUCUUGGAUUGAGGACGUGAUUCAAUGACCCAUGCAACAUCUUGUUCAAGUUCUUUAGUGAAUUUUUUCACUUGUUUGCAGCGUGAGCCAUGUUCAAAAAUUGUGAACAACGGACAGGGGCUUUAUCUUAAAUUUUGCCUUACCUUAAGCUGUUCACAAAUAUUUAUUUAAUACAUUUUUCAUAAGUGUCAUGAAAUAGGAAAAUGCAAAUGGUUCAUUCUUCAUUUAUUAAUGAUUGUAAACAAGUUUUUCAUGCAAAUAAAGUUUCCAUUAUUUUAAUGGGCUUGAAUUAUCUGC